AUGGUACACCCGACGUUGGGAUUUGAGAGUGCCAAAGUGAAGGGUUUAGCUUUGGAUCAUCUAGAUGACCUUUUAAUGGUCGAAAGUAAUGGUUCUAAUCAAAGCGAUCUUGGUGAAAUAUGCGAAGUCGAGUUUGGUGAUGAGGUUGAAGGCAAUCAAAUCCAUGGAAAGGCCAGAUCCGCAUCGAUUUCAAUGCGUGGAGAUAAGAACGAUGUUACAGUAAACAAUCUGAAAAAGACCACUAUUACUUCUGAGCCGACAAAGUCAUCUGAGCUUAUAAAUCCCAGAGAUGAUUUCAUACGUGCACCAUACAAUCUUCCAUACGAUAGUCUCCAAAAAUCCGAAAACUUAUCUCGUGAUAGGGACUUCGAUGAAUGGAUCAUUAUGGUGAGAAGCAAUCCACAGAUCACUUUCAUUAGUAGUGAAGAGGGGAUAACUGUAAUGAACAAUUAG